CUAUCUCCCACAAAACAGAGUCUCUCUCUGUUCACAUAAUCUCUCGGAGCCUUUAACAGAGUUACCAUCUUCAAAGGGCUAUUUGUGUGUGUAUUUACAGAGAGAGAAGAUGACGAGUACGUUAGAUGUAUCGAGAGCAGAGCUUGGUCUUGUGGUGAUGUAUCUGAACAAAGCAGAGGCAAGGGAUAAGCUAUGCAGAGCUAUACAGUAUGGUUCCAAGUUCUUGAGCGGUGGACAACCUGGUACUGCUCAAAACGUUGAUAAAUCCACUAGCUUAGCCAGAAAAGUCUUUCGUCUUUUCAAGUUUGUUAAUGAUCUGCAUGGUCUUAUCAGUCCUGCGCCUAAAGGAACUCCACUUCCUCUCGUUUUACUUGGAAAGUCUAAGAACGCACUUUUGUCUACAUUCUUGUUCUUGGAUCAAGUUGUCUGGCUUGGGAGAUCAGGAAUCUAUAAGAACAAAGAGAGAGCUGAGUUACUUGGACGUAUAUCACUUUUCUGCUGGAUGGGAUCAUCUGUCUGUACUACUUUAGUUGAGAUUGGUGAGAUAGGAAGGCUAUCUUCAUCCAUGAAGAAGAUCGAAAAGGGGCUUAAGAAUGGCAACAAGUAUCAAGAUGAUGAGUAUCGUGCUAAGCUUAAACAAUCAAACGAGAGGAGUCUUGCUUUGAUCAAAUCAGCAAUGGACGUUGUUGUAGCAGCUGGUCUUCUUCAGUUAUAUCCAAAGAAGAUCACUCCUCGUGUCACCGGAGCUUUUGGAUUCAUCACUUCCCUCAUUUCUUGCUACCAGUUGCUUCCUACACGACCCAAGAUCAAGGCACCUUGAAAAGCUUGUGGAAGAAGCUGGCGUCCAGGGUUAUCGCAGAAUGUUUAUGUUGGUCCUUUUGUGUAAUGUGCUGCUGCUAUAAAGUCCUUGUAUAAAUACUUAUCUUCAGUUAAAAUCAAACCAGUGCACGUUUCCAUGUAUCUGAAAAUCAUCAUUGUUUCGACAAAACGCCGAGGGAAGUUUCCUUCGCUCUAUUAAGUCACACGUCUAUAAAUUGUAUCGGAA